CCCACCUGCAUUCAACCCCUCUGUUCAUCAAGAUUUUGUCCCGGACCUCCUGGGGAAGAGGCUCAAGCAGCUAGCCAGUUCAUUGCAGAUGUGAUUGAAAAUUCAGAAAUAAUAAUGAAAGAAGAUCUGUGCAUUGCACAUGACAAGCUUGCUUGGGUUCUAUACUGUGAUUUCAUAUGCUUGGACUAUGAUGGAAACAUUUUGGAUGCCUGCACAUUUGCUUUGUUAGCAGCUUUAAAGAAUGUACAGUUGCCAAAAUUUACUAUAAAUGAAGAAACAGGUUUGGCAGAAGUCGAUUUAAAACAGACAAAUCCUUUGAAUAUCAGAAAGCAUCCAGUUGCUACAUCGUUUGCUGUAUUUGACGACACAAUACUCAUUGUUGAUCCGACGGCAGAAGAGGAGGACCUGGCAACUGGAACUGUAACCAUUGUAAUGGAUGAAGAAGGCAGACUAUGUUCUGUUCAUAAGCCAGGUGGAAGUGGCCUAACAGCAGCAAAACUUCAAGACUGUAUCACCCGGGCCGUUACAAGACACAAAGAAGCGAAGAAGCUGAUAGAUAAAGUGAUAAAAAGUAUAAAACCAAAAUAAACGUAAGGCAAGGUCUCUUCA